AAAGUUGCAACAACAAAUGUGCGUUAUAAAACACGACAGUUGAACCGAAAGAUACUUCAGUUGGCCGGAGAACAGCGCAAGGUCAAGAGCACUAAACCUAUAGCGACCACACGGCCCGGCUGUGUUCCGCUCUCACGGGCAAACGAAUAAACCAUAUAUAUAAUGAAUACAGAGACGAAUUAAAAUAGAACUAAUUGGGUGUCAAACGAAGACGACGGGCGGACUUACUACGGACGGGGACGAGCUCGUGAACUGAUCCCCCGCGAAAAAAGACGUGUUGGAGGAAAUAGAUUUGUGAACAAUAUUUUAUAAAACAUAAUAGCGUUGUGAACAGUGAAAAACAUUUCCAGUCACAUUGGGCGCCCAAAAGGAUACUGGUCUACAGCGAGCGGCGGCGGUGCGACAUCGGCGCACGCGCACCAUGUUACUCAACAUCAAAGGGUUCUGGAAGGUUUGCCGCUAUGGAGAUUUAUAUAUGGUGCUGGCGGCCUUGGCGGCGCAGUCGAUAAACAUAUCGGUCGGCUUCUGCCAGGGUUUCUCCGCCGUACUGCUGCCCCAGUACACCAGAGACCACCCUGGCAUAUCGUCAGAACAGACCUCAUGGAUUGCAAGCCUUGGUGUUAUAUCGAAUCCCAUAGGAGCUCUCUUGGGCGGUAUGAUGGUGGAUGCCGUCGGUCGAAGGUUACUCCUUCAGUCGAUAGUUCUUCCGAACCUGAUCGGCUGGUUGGUCAUAGCUUUAUCGGAUACAUAUGUCUUCUUGUGUGUCGGAAGAUUCAUCACUGGCUUCACUAUCGGAAUGUCCACGGCAUCUUAUAUCUACGUAGCUGAGAUUACGACUCCCGAAAAAAGAGGAGUACUAAGUGCUCUGGGUCCGGGGUUGGUUUCCACCGGUAUAUUUAUAGUGUACUCAUUGGGCGCCUUCAUACAUUGGAGGACGGUUGCAGCGAUAUGUGCUGCAGUGUCUUUAUUGACGCCGUUCUUGAUGUACUUCGUGCCUGAAUCCCCGCUGUGGCUGGCCUCCAAAGGGCAAAUGAAGGAAGCCUACGACGCAAUGUUCUGGCUGAGACAGAACAAUAACACAGCCCAGCAGGAGCUCAUGGAGUUCACCAAGGACCGAAAACAGAACGAGUCGAUGACUUUCAAACAAAAGCUUGGGUUGUUUAAGAGGAGGAGCGUUUUGAAACCGUUCGCUUUGCUGAUCAUAUUCUUCAUGUUCCAAGAGAUGUCUGGAAUUUACGUUAUAUUAUACUAUGCUGUGGACUUUUUUAAAUCUGUUGGGACGAGUGUUAACGAAUUUACAGCUUCCAUAAUUGUAGGAGGAGUGAGGGUUUUUAUGGGGGCCGUAGGAGCUUGUCUCAUCAAUAGUUUUAGAAGAAAAACUUUAGCUGCUGCUUCGGGUCUCCUGUUGGGAGUUGCGAUGUUGGGAGCCGCCGUUUGCGACAGUUUGAACGGCCCACCGUCUAUUAAAUUGGGUUGUAUUCUUCUACACGUUUCUUUCAGCAUGGUUGGCUUUUUACAAUUACCAUGGAUUAUGUCUGGUGAACUGUAUCCUCAGGAUAUUAGAGGCAUUAUGUCUGGAGCGACCUCGUGCUGUGCUUAUGUCCUCAUCUUCUUCAAUAUUAAAACAUAUCCACAGUUGGAGUCUCUGGUGACCAGUAAUGGAACGCUAUAUAUUUUCGCUAUUUGUGCUAUACUCGGAGCAACCUAUUGUUACUUGUUCUUGCCGGAGACGAAAGGAAAGACCUUGACGGAGAUCAUGAGGCAGUUCGACGAAGAGAAGAAAGAGAACGAUCCAGAAAUAGGAUACAUGAAACAUGACAGUGGAGAAGUAAAAUCGAUCCAAAGAAGACACAGCGCGGGAGCAGCUGUCUCAUUGGAGAAGAGUAAGGAAUUGGUGAAGCAGUGGACGCAGAAUAAUAACGACAAGAAAUAAAUAGACCUCUUUGUGGUUUUAAUUAAGUUAUGAAGUUAUUGUGCUGAAUUAUUAUUUGGUGAGGGGCGAUUUGUGAUUUUAUGUAGUCGGUUUAAGAGUUAGAUUUAUUUGAUACAGAGUUAAUUUAAUUUAUAAAGAUACGAUCAGUAUUAAAGUCCGUAUGACUGAGUUAGGUUAAGUGAGUGAUACAUUCCAUUGUGAUAAAUAUUUUACAUUGUUACAUACAGAUGAUAAAUGUAUUUAGAUAUUAUUCUACAUUAAUAUUGUUAUAAAGUAUAUGUAUUUAUAAUAUUCAGAUAAAUAUUUAAUAUAAUACAUUAAGUAAUAUUGAAAGGGACAUAAAAAUGUAGCCUUCAAAGACUGUUAAGAAAAUAGAAGGAUCAGACAGAUACUUCUAGAAAAUUUUAUAUGCAUUAUAUGUAACUUAUUGUGUUUCAAUAUGAUACUUAUGUAGCUGUCUUUAGAGCUCUUUAUUUUUAUUAACAGGGUUUACGAAUUUAGUUACCAAAUUAAUGUAAUUUAAAUGAGUUUUGUGAUGAUUUGUGUACUAUGAACGAGUAUUAAAUUAAAUCAUGUUUCUUAAA